AGUAGGGAGACCGGAUCGGGUUCUCCAGGCAAAAGAGCCGCGGUACGUGGUGGCAAUGGUAGUGACGGAGAGGAACGGUGUACCGUGUGGUCACUAGGGCCAGCGAGGCAUCGCCGAUGCCACAUCGACUCGCGGUACCGAGCCGAGAACAUCGCAACCUAACCGAAUCGACCGUGAUCGACUCUUUCGACCGCGUUUCGUUCCGUUUCGCCAUCUUUCGCGCGUAUUCAACGCGCUUACGUACAAAACAGAGAGAAACUAUAUAUAUAUAUAUAUAUAUAUAUAUAUAUAUAUACGCGCAUACAGAGACCUAGCAACGCUACUCGGCGAGUGUAAGAAAGAGAGAGAGAGAGAAAGACGAGCGCAAGAACCGAGGGACGAAGAGAGAGAGAGAGAGAGAGGAACGAGUUUGCAAACGAGGCCGGUCGCUUCAGUCCGGCUCCAACUAUCGCGACAGAUACGCCGUUGUGACGAACACGGUGGCCGAUUUUCCGCGCACCUUAGCUGGUCGUUUCGCAUGAGAGUAAGUAGUUAAGGAGGAGGAAGUGUACGCGAGGAGAUCUGGGAUGACUAUACGGAAGAAGGGCGGCGGGAGGAGCAAGGGGGCCGGGAGCAAGGAAGUCGCCGCGACGGCCACCUCCUCGGCCGAGACGGGGACGGUCGAGGUGGUGUCGUCGAGCGUGGUCGAGGAGGCGAGGCGGGUAGUGGAGAGCGAGUCGAGGAGCAGCGUGUUGGAGGUGACGAGCCGCGAGGUUAUCACUGAUUCGAAGGGCAACGUCAUCGAGAUCAUCGAGUCCGCCCCCCAGACCAGCUCGACGCGCCGCGACACGGGGAAGAAAAGUUGUCAAGACUUCUUAAGCAAGGAGCGGACGCGCGACGUUAAAUCGGCGGGGAGCGUGGAGAGAUCGGUGAACGGCGCCUCGUCGUACGAGAGCAGAGAAUCGAGCAGCAGGACGACGUACGAGGAGACGACGAGGGACGGGCGCACGAGCACGAGCAGGAUUCACGAGACGACGGGCGAGUGGGUGGACGAAGGCGGGAGGGUGACGAGCGCUCGUAGUCGCAGCGUGGAGACGACGAGCGUCGAGGCGCCGUCCGAGGCUCGGGUCAAAUUCACGGACGAUUCCUCCUCGAAGGAGGAGAGGAGAAUUAUUGGCGGGGUGGCGACGCGGUGCAACAAGCCUGGACAAUCGACGUGGGACGGCACGUUCGUGAGCGAGAGCCCUUCCAAGGGGAGGGGGGAGACGCGGGACGAGGCGAAGGUGGAUCGGCUCGUGUCGAAAGUGUUCGAGGCUGGUGGCGCGAGGGAGAGCUCGUCCAGCGUUGAAAUCUCCGAAUCUCGGCAGAGCUCCUCGUUCAUCGAUCAGCGUUCCACGGUGGCUCGCGACCCGAGGACCGUGUCCGAGGACACGAUCGAUUUCGCUGGGCCGCGAGUGGACGCGUAUCGAAAGGGUAGUCGCUCGAAGCCAGCCGAGUCCGCGUGGGACGGCACGUUCGUGAUCGAGAAGACGCCAGAGCCGAGGAAGAGGAACGUGUUCGAGUCCACUGGGGUGUUCCUGGACGGGGAGAGAGCGUCGGGCGUGGAAGCCUCCGCUCGAAGGCGCGGGGAAGGUUGGGGUCGGGAUGGAGUGGAGAAGAGGCGGUCGACGCACGAUUCCUCGAGGUUCUUGUCGGAGGAGCGGAGGGACGGGGUCGUGUCUCCGCCUCGAGGAAGAGCGGCGAGGCCAGGGGAAUCGAGCUGGAACGGAGGGUUCGAGGAGGGCGAGGGCGGGAAGGGACGGUCAACGACGACGUCCCUCGGCGAGAGAACGGUGGUGAGGAGGAGCGAGAAGCGGCACGACUCCGACGUGGACGUUCAAGACGUGACCGAGGAGCAGAACGUGUCCACGGUUUCAGAGUCGUCCGUUUCCUCGUCGUACAUCGUGGAAUACGCGACCGCCACGGACGAGAGGAGAAAGACGGUCGAGAAGGCGAGCUCCGUGUCCGCCGCCAUUUUGGAGGAAGAUUCGGGCGAGAUUCGAAGAUUCGAGGAGGAGGGUGGCGGCCACCCCCCACCUCGACGACCGAGCGCCGAGGAGACGGGAGGGGCACGGGACACGCGGAGUCAGAAGCCUGGUCGGUCCACGUGGGACGGCGGUUUCGUUAACGCGGGUCGAAAGGGGGAGCCCUGUGGAAAAUCGAUCGCCGACUCGAGCAUAGUGAUCCGCGACGUGACGGGGGACAACUCGAUAAACGAGGCGGAAAUUUCGACAGCUUCCUACGUGGUCGAGCACUCGUCCAGCCAGCAGAGUUUCACCGACAUCAGGGACUCGAGUCUAUCCUCGGUCCACGAGACGAUCGUGUACGAUGUCGUGCAACCGACACGGGCCGCCGACUCCUCGAGCAGGCCGGAAACACCGGAGAGAGCCGGGAAGACGACGAGAGACGUCGGGAUCACGAAGCCUGGCUCCUCGACCUGGGACGGGACCUUCGUCGCGGAGAGAUCGACGGGAACGAGGAGAGGAGGACCGGUCGGAGACAGCCCCGUGCCGAGGUCGAGGAAGCACGUCGCCGACACCACGUUGGACAUUCGCGACACCACCGAGCGAAUCUCCAAAGUUUUCAGCAACUCCAUCGUGAUGGAGCAAUCGAGCGUGCACCACAGUUACUCCGACUCAUCGAACCUCGACUACUCGACCAGCUCCGUGGAGACGGUGAUCGUCCGGGACGGCGUCCCAACCGCGGUGCAAAAGUCUGUUACGAUCGAGGAAGGGCGCGCCGAUCUCGAGAAGAAGGCGGUGGAUCGGAGACCGUCGCCGAGAUUGGCCGAGACGAGUCCUGGGAAGAGCGAGAGGCCGAGCAAACCGGGCGCCUCGACGUGGGACGGUUCGUUCGUCCGCGAGAAACCCGUCGACGACAAGAAACCGUGCACGGACGACGGUUCUCGUCGACCAGCGGACAAGGGGGAGGCUCCUAGGUCGCCUACGGAUCUUGGAAAAUUGAGGAAGGAGCCGACGGCUUACGUCAGCGAAAAAUCCAUCACCGUGACCGACGCCUCGAAGGAGACUUCCGAGUUCCUCGCCUCGACCACCCUCGAGCGCACCACUCUCGUCACCGAUACCUCCGAGAUCCUCGACUCGUCCAAAUAUUCCGCGACGAUCGUUCGCGAAGUCGGCGACGAGGAGCCUCGGCGAGAACCAGCCGCGAGGGAACGAGCGGGGGACGGAAAGGGGUCGCCCGAAAAAGAUCGCCCAACCAGUCCAGAAAAGGUGGACAGAUCCUCGAGACCGACGAAACCGGGCGCCUCGACUUGGGAUGGCUCGUUCGUGUACGAGAAGCCGCAGGAUCGGAAGAAACCGAUUGAUCGGGAAAAAGGGCCUGCGAGAGACGCGGAAGACGGAGGAAGGCCAACCUCUCCCUUGCUUGGACGCGAUACGACGAAAAUUUCGAUGGAGAAACACGUGACCGAUAAAAAGGAUAGCACCGAUAUCGACGUGGCUCGAUCCUCUUACGUAAUCGAUCAAUCGUCCAGUUUCACCUCGGUGCAGGACGUUCGCGACGCGGUGGAGGAGCGUGUCAUCGGCGAAUUCACGAGGGACACGCGUAAGGACGUGAGAGAUGUCAUCGAGAAGUCGACGAGCGAGUUCAUCGACAAAGAGCAGGUGACUAGCAUGGUGGCGCGGGAUGUCGUCGACGACAUCAGGUACGACGGAUUCGCCACCUCCACUCCGCGAAAGGAAUCGCCGGAACGGCCCGGCUACCCCCGCGGAAUCCCCGGAUUGCGGGAAGAGAAACCGAUCCCAGCCGCUGGAAAACCGAGCCGACCACCGUCGCAACAGAGGGAACGGAGCCCUGAGAGACGUAGCGACUCGAGGCCACAGUCGCCACAGGGCAAACCUCGGGACUAUGUCUCGCCGACGAGGAAACCGGUGCCCGCUGCGGGGAAACCGAGCCGGGGGAUCGAGGAGAGGGUCGUCAAAUCGACGCGAGGCGACGAGGGGCCGACCGAGAAGCCGAGAAGAGGAGAUCAGACGCCCGAUUCCCUCGAGGAGGACGACGUCCGCCAGCUACCGGCCAAACUGCCCGAAAUAUUGUCCAAGAUCCCCCUGAAGGAGCAAUGCAUAUGCGAGCUCUGCACCUGUGGCUACAAGCCAACCAGAGGGGAAAGGGCCGAUGUGAAGAGACCUGAAGACAACUUGAGACCUGAAGGACUCUUUGAAGGAAGACCUAAGGAUGAUUAUAAGCCAACCAGAGGUGAACGUCCGGAAGUAAAGAGACCUGAAGAUAACUUGAGACCGGAAGGAUCCUUCGAAGGUCGUCCAAAGGAUGACUACAAGCCAACCAGAGGAGAAAGGGCCGAUGUGAAGAGACCUGAAGACAACUUGAGACCGGAAGGACCUUUUGAGGGAAGACCUAAGGAUGAUUAUAAACCAACUAGAGGGGAAAGGGCCGAUGUGAAGAGGCCUGAAGAUAACUUGAGACCGGAAGGAUCCUUCGAAGGUCGUCCAAAAGAUGACUACAAGCCAACCAGAGGGGAAAGGGCCGACGUGAAGAGACCUGAAGACAACUUGAGACCGGAAGGACCUUUUGAGGGAAGACCUAAGGAUGAUUAUAAACCAACUAGAGGGGAAAGGGCCGACGUGAAGAGACCUGAAGACAAUUUGAAACCGGAAGGACCGUUCGAGGGAAGGCCUAAAGAUGAUUUUUCACCGAAGAUAGCCGAACGUCCUGAAGUCAAGAAGCCUCAGGAUAAUCUAAGACCGGAAGGACCCUUCGAAGGCCGACCAAAGGACGAUUACAAGCCGAAAAUUGCGGAACGGCCAGAAGUAAGGAAACCACAGGACAAUUUGAAACCGGAAGGACCGUUCGAAGGCCGUCCAAAGGACGAUUUUUCACCGAAACGAGGAGAAAGGCCGGAAGUAAAGAGACCAGAGGACAACUUGAGACCGGAAGGACCCUUCGAAGGCCGUCCAAAGGACGACUAUAAACCAACCAGAGGAGAAAGAGCCGAUGUGAAGAGACCUGAAGACAAUUUAAGACCGGAAGGACCCUUCGAAGGCCGUCCAAAGGACGAUUUCUCACCGAAACGAGGAGAAAGGCCGGAAGUAAAGAGACCUGAAGACAACUUGAGACCGGAAGGACCCUUCGAAGGAAGGCCCAAGGACGAUUUCUCACCGAAAAUAGCCGAACGUCCUGAGGUCAAGAAGCCUCAGGACAAUUUAAGACCGGAAGGACCCUUCGAAGGAAGGCCUAAAGACGAUUACAAGCCAACCAGAGGAGAAAGAGCCGAUGUGAAGAGACCUGAAGAUAAUCUGAAGCCGGAAGGUCCGUUCGAAGGAAGGCCCAAGGACGAUUUCUCACCGAAAAUAGCCGAACGUCCUGAGGUCAAGAAGCCUCAGGACAAUUUAAGACCGGAAGGACCCUUCGAAGGACGUCCAAAGGACGACUACAAGCCGACCAGAGGAGAAAGAGCCGAUGUGAAGAGACCUGAAGACAAUUUAAGACCGGAAGGACCGUUCGAAGGCCGUCCAAAGGACGACUACAAACCGACCAGAGGAGAAAGAGCCGACGUGAGGAGGCCCCAAGACAACUUGAGACCCGAGGGCCCGUUCGAGGGACGUCCAAAGGACGAUUUCACCCCGAAAACUGCCGAACGGCCGGAAGUGAAGAGGCCACGAGACAAUCUCCGACCCGAGGGAGAAUUCGAAGAUCGGCCUAGGGGCGAGUACACCCCUGGCGAGAAACGUACGCCGAUUAGACACCCGGAUAACUUGCACCCCGAAGGGGAAUUCGAGAGACCGUUCCAUGCUCCUUACGGUCCUGGCGAGAGGGCGCCGAUCGUGCGACAUCCGGACAAUCUGUUCCCCGAAGGAGAGUUCGCGGAUAGGCAACGCGUCCCGUUCACGCCCGCAGAACGUAGAACACCUAUUAAACACGAUGACAAUAUUCGUCCCGAGGGACCCUUCGAAGGAAGGCCCAAGGACGAUUUCUCGCCGAAGACGGCCGAACGUCCGGAAGUCAAGAAGCCUCAGGAUAAUCUGAGACCGGAAGGACCCUUCGAAGGAAGGCCUAAAGACGAUUACAAACCAACCAGAGGAGAAAGGGCCGACGUAAAACGUCCAGAGGAUAACCUAAAACCGGAAGGACCCUUCGAAGGAAGGCCUAAAGACGAUUACAAGCCAACCAGAGGAGAAAGGGCCGACGUAAAACGUCCAGAGGAUAACCUAAAACCGGAAGGACCGUUCGAAGGAAGGCCUAAAGACGAUUAUAAACCAACUAGAGGAGAAAGGGCUGACGUGAAGAGACCUGAAGACAAUUUAAGACCGGAAGGAUCCUUCGAAGGACGUCCAAAGGAUGACUAUAAACCAACUAGAGGAGAAAGAGCCGAUGUGAAGCGUCCAGAGGAUAAUCUAAGACCGGAAGGACCCUUCGAAGGACGUCCAAAGGAUGACUAUAAACCAACUAGAGGAGAAAGAGCCGAUGUAAAACGUCCAGAAGAUAACCUAAAACCGGAAGGACCGUUCGAAGGAAGGCCUAAAGACGACUUCUCGCCAAAAACAGCCGAACGUCCUGAAGUCAAGAAGCCUCAGGAUAAUUUAAGACCGGAAGGACUCUUCGAAGGAAGGCCUAAAGACGACUUCUCGCCAAAAACAGCCGAACGUCCUGAAGUCAAGAAGCCUCAGGAUAAUUUAAGGCCGGAAGGACCGUUCGAAGGCCGACCAAAGGACGAUUUUUCACCGAAACGAGGAGAAAGGCCGGAAGUGAAGAGACCUGAAGACAACCUAAGACCGGAAGGAUCCUUCGAAGGACGUCCAAAGGAUGACUAUAAACCAACCAAAGGCGAACGUGCCGAUGUGAAGAAGCCUCAGGAUAACUUGAAGCCCGAAGGACCAUUCGAGGGGAGGCCUAAAGACGAUUUUUCACCGAAACGAGGGGAAAGGCCGGAAGUGAAGAGACCUGAAGACAACCUAAGACCCGAAGGACCCUUCGAAGGCCGUCCAAAGGACGAUUUCUCUCCGAAGAGAGCUGAGCGCCCCGAAGUGCGAAGGCCGGAGGACAAUCUGCGCCCCGAGGGCGACUUCGAGAGGCCGGAGAGGCCUACGGUUGGUCCGGCUGAAAGGCGUAGCCCGAUCAAACAUCCUGACAACCUUCGCCCCGAGGGGGAAUUCGUGGGCCGUCCCAAGGACGACUUCACCCCUACCAAAGGCGACAGAGCCGCGGUGAAGCGGCCGGAGGACAAUCUGAAACCGGAAGGCGACUUCGAGGCCCGCCCCAAGGACGACUAUCAACCGGUCCGAGGCGAGCGAGUCGAGAUCGUGAAGCGAAGCGACAAUCUUCGAAUGGAAGGCGAAAUGGAGACUUAUCGGUCGAGGGACGAGUACGCCGACUUCCUGAUCCGCGAGAGGACCGAGGUGACCAAGUACAGGGACAAUUUGAAGAUGGAGGGCGAGUUCGUCGACGUUAGAACCAGGGACGAUUUCAAAGUAGUGAGAGGGGAGCGCGUGGACGUGGUGCGGCAUCCAGACAACCUCAGACCGGAGGGUCCCUUCGAGGCCCGCCCCAAGGACGACUAUUCACCCCCGAAGAAGCUGGAGAGACCGGAAGCGAAGAGGCCCGAGGAUAAUCUGAAGCCGGAGGGAGAUUUCGUCGGCAGGCCGAGGGAGGAGGCGCCGAAACACGGAGAACGCGCGCCCAUCAAGAAGCCUCGAGAUAAUUUAAGACCCGAAGGAGAGUUCGAGAUUCCAGAGAAGAAACCCGUGAGCCCUGCAGAAAGAAGAACCCCCAUAAAACACGCCGAUAACUUGAAACCGGAAGGCGAGUUUGAAAGACCGCAACCUGAAGAGUUCAAGCCGGCUGAGAAACCGAUCGUGAAGAAACCCAAGGACAAUCUUUAUCCAGAAGGAGAAUUUCAAAUUCCAGAAAAGAAAUCUGUGGGCCCUGCCGAAAGAAGAACCCCCAUAAAACACGCGGAUAAUUUGAAACCGGAGGGCGAGUUUGCGACUCGACCGAAGGAGGAAGCUCCACGAAAGGGUGAAAGAGCGGAUGUCAAGAAACCCAAGGACAAUCUUUAUCCAGAAGGAGAGUUCGAAGUUCCCAAAAAGAAACCCGUCGGCCCUGCCGAAAGAAGAACCCCCAUCAAACACGAAGACAAUCUACGUCCCGAGGGCGAGUUCGAGAGACCUCAACCUGAACAGUUCAAACCGGCCGAGAAACCGAUCGUGAAGAAACCCAAGGACAAUUUGUACCCCGAAGGAGAAUUUCAAAUUCCAGAAAAGAAACCCGUCAGCCCUGCAGAAAGAAGAACCCCCAUAAAACACGCGGAUAACUUGAAACCGGAAGGUGAAUUCGAAAGACCGAAACCUGAAGAGUUCAAACCGGCCGAGAAACCGAUCGUGAAGAAACCCAAGGACAAUUUGUACCCCGAAGGAGAGUUCGAAGUUCCCAAAAAGAAACCCGUCGGCCCUGCCGAAAGAAGAACGCCGAUCAAACACGAAGACAAUCUGAAACCGGAAGGAGAGUUCGAGAGACCGAAACCUGAAGAGUUCAAACCGGCCGAGAAACCGAUCGUGAAGAAACCCAAGGACAAUCUGAAACCGGAGGGCGACUUUGCCACUCGUCCCAAGGAAGAAGCUCCACGAAAGGGCGAAAGAGCCGACGUGAAGAAACCCAAGGACAAUUUGUACCCCGAAGGAGAGUUCGAAGUUCCCAAAAAGAAACCCGUCGGCCCUGCCGAAAGAAGAACGCCGAUCAAACACGAAGACAAUCUGAAACCGGAAGGAGAGUUCGAGAGACCGAAACCGAAAGAGUUCAAACCGGCCGAGAAACCGAUCGUGAAGAAACCCAAGGACAAUCUUUACCCAGAAGGAGAAUUCGAGAUCCCAGAAAAGAAACCUGUCAGUCCUGCCGAAAGAAGAACCCCCAUAAAACACGCCGAUAACUUGAAACCGGAAGGUGAAUUCGAAAGACGGAAACCUGAAGAGUUCAAACCGGCCGAGAAAUCAAUCACGAAGAAACCUAAAGAUAAUCUGUACCCAGAAGGAGAGUUCGAAAUCCCAGAAAAGAAACCUGUCAGUCCUGCAGAAAGAAGAACCCCCAUAAAACACGAAGACAAUCUGAAACCGGAAGGAGAGUUCGAGAGACCGAAACCGAAAGAGUUCAAACCGGCCGAGAAACCGAUCGUGAAGAAACCCAAGGACAAUCUUUACCCAGAAGGAGAAUUCGAGAUCCUAGAAAAGAAACUCGUCAGUCCUGCAGAAAGAAGAACCCCCAUAAAACACGAAGACAACUUGAAACCGGAAGGCGAGUUCGCCACUCGUCCAAAGGAAGAGGCUCCACGAAGGGGCGAAAGAGCGGACGUGAAGAAACCCAAGGACAAUCUCUACCCCGAGGGUGAGUUCGAAGUUCCCAAAAAGAAACCCGUCGGCCCUGCCGAAAGAAGGACCCCCAUAAAACACGCGGACAACUUGAAACCGGAAGGCGGGUUCGAGAGACCGCAACCUGAACAGUUCAAACCGGCCGAGAAACCCAUCGUGAAGAAACCCAGGGACAACUUGAAACCCGAAGGCGCCUUCGAGGGCCGCCCCAAGGACGACUAUCAACCGGUCCGAGGCGAGCGAGUGGAGAUCGUGAAGCGAAGCGACAAUCUUCGAAUGGAAGGCGAAAUGGAGACUUAUCGGUCGAGGGACGAGUACGCCGACUUGCUGAUCCGCGAGAGGACCGAGGUGACCAAGCACAGGGACAAUUUAAAGACGGAGGGCGAGUUUAUCGACGUUAGAACCAGGGACGAUUUCAAAGUAGUGAGAGGGGAGCGCGUGGACGUGGGAGAAGGUGAGAAGAAAGCCGCCGAGAGGCGCUCGCCUGUCAGGCACGAGGACAGCUGGAAACUCGUCGAGGGUGAGUCGACGAUCCAGAGGAGGCAGGAGGUGGAGGACCGCGCGAGGGUCAAGUCGGAGACGACGGUGCGCAGGGAGGACUACAGGAGGAGCGUGGCGAGAGUGACGGAGCGCGUGGAGGCGGCUGGCAGGCUGAGGAAGCCUCGGGACAACCUGCGCCCCGAGGGCGAGCUGUGCGUGGCGGCCAAGGACGACUCGGGGCCGAGGACGGAGGAGAUGGUUCGUCGGUCGAGGGACGAUUACAGGAAGGUGGAGAGGGUGAGCGUGGCGAGGAAGCGGGAGGACAACCUGAGGAUCGAGGGCGAGUUGUGCGUGGAGCGCAGGAACGAUUACGAGUCGAGGGCUGAGAUGGGUGGCAGGAGAUCGCCUAUCCGCCGGGCGGACAACUUGAGGCCCGAGGGCGAGUUCGUCGGCAGGGCUCGCGACGACUUUGGGGCGAAGGGGAGGGGGGAGAGGGCGGAGGUGGCGCGGCGGGAGGACAAUCUGAGGGUAGGGGGGGGCGAGUUCCAGGACACGACCUCGCAGAGGUCCACGUACACGGUGGUGCGGGGGGAGCGAGCGGAGAUCAAGCGGCACGAGGACAACUUGAAGGUGAGCACGGGCCACGCCAUGGAAACCAACACGACCACGGGGGACGCGUUCUCCCCCAAGAGGGAGGAGUCCUCGGGGGGGCGGCGGACGCCGCUCGGCCGGAAACAUCACAUGGAGUCCUCGAUCGCGUUGGGCGACGACUCGAUCGCGUCCUCCACCACCGCCACCGCCACCACCACCACCUCUCAGAGGAAUUACAACACUUUCACGAAACGCGCCGCCAAGGAGGUGGCCGCCAGGAUGAGUGGCGUGGAGUCGGAGGAAGCGGCGGGUCGAAGGAGCGGAGUGGAGAACGGGGCGACGAGCGUGAGGAGGGCGUCCGAGAAAACGUGUCAACGAAUAACGACGGAGCAUCGCAACGGCGCCUCGAUCCCCUGCGAACUCCCUGACUCGAGCGGGAAACGUUCGAUCACGCAGCGACGCGAGAGGGAUUCGAGCGAGAGGCACGCGACGCAGACGCGUCGAGUCGUGGACGAGGGAGGCAAGCAACUCGAGAGACACCAUCACCAGGAGGCGAGCAGGCGGGACUACGUGAACGCGCAGCACGUGGAAUCGCGGCAGAGGCACGAGGUGUCGAGCCUCGAGGCUCGGCGCUACAACUCGAGCCAGGCGAGCAGCAGCGCCGAGUUCAGGCAAGCGAUCUCCGGAAGGUCGGAGAUGGACGCAGCCUCGGUCACCACCAGGACCAGCCACCACAGGAAGAACGUGAUCUCGUCCUCCUCCGCCGACGUGACCAACUCGGUCCUCCACAGACGGGGCGGUAGCGCUUCCUCCACGGAAGCCCUGCACACGAUAUCGUCCACGGCCGCCGAUCAGAAGAAGAGCAUCUCGAACCUGGCGGAGACCGGCCAAUAUAUAAGCAACUCGAGCCAGAGCAGCGACCGACGAAGCCUCACCUCGUUGCACAGGAGCGCCAAAGAGGGCAACCCUUGGGCGUCGUCCACGUACGAGCGGCCGCAGAGGAUCGUCCGCCAGGACAACUUGACGGUCGGUGGCAAGUUUUAUUCCCAGAGCGAGGCGAGGAGCUACGGGAAUUUCGGCAGCCAGAAGGUGGAACGGGUGCACAGGCAGGCGAACGUGUCUCACAUCAGUCUGGGGGACGGGACCACGGUCACGUCGAGCAUGUACAGGAGGGAGUACGCGCCUAGGCACAAGGGGCCUUGUCCAGCGGCUCUCAUCGAGGCGAAGCAGGCGCCGUUCAAGCACACCAGGGACACGCCCAAGCACAAGUUCUACAUGCCCGUCGUCUCUAAUUAAUAUUUCCCCUCUCGCGUGAGGAGGGAGGGGCUCGACAAUUCUCCUCCUCCGUUCUUUCCACGGAUUAAUACGACUUCGAAUUCUCGAUGCGCCUUCUCGUGCAAAAUCUUCUAAAAUCUAAAAAUUGCGGGCUGUGACGAAACUCGAUGUUCAUUUUUCGAAAAAACCAUUUUCCAUCCUUUUGCACAGGCGCGAUAUACGAAUUAUCGUUAUACACGAUAUAUGCAUACAUAUGCACACGUAUAUAUAUAUAUAUAUAUAUACACAUAUAUAAUACCAAUAUAUUUUUAUCGUCGAAGGGAAGACGAGAUGUUAAAAGGCCAUCUCCUCGAUAUAUAUAUAUAUAUCAAUAUGGCGAACGGUACUCGGGAAGCGGAUGAGAGUUUUAAAAAAGAUUUGUUUUCACCUUUAAGCGACGUGUAUUACAAAGCAAUAACUAGAGCUUAAAUCCGUGAUAAGGGCGAAUCUGAUCGAGAAGUUGGAUUCGACCGAUAAUUAGAAUUAGAUGCAGUCCUUUCGGUACCCCUUUUUUCGUCAGCUUCGAUCGUUAUUAUCAUUAUUAUUACUAUUAUUAUUACUAUUAUUGUUAUUAUUAUUAUUAUUUUCUCGCCUUUUUUCCCCUCUCUCCUUAACACCUUGCGAUUUAUAUAUCAAUAUUAACCUUAUAUAUUUCGUUUCGAAUAAGCGAACGAUCCCCCCUCCCCAGCAAGGAGAGAGAGAGAGAGAGAGAGAGAGAUAUUUCGUGCGUUUUCAUCCGUUCGACGCGACGGGAUGAUGCUCGACUCCAUCACGAAUUUAUCUUAUAUCUUUGUUUUCUUCUCUCUCUCUCUCUCUCUCUCCUCUUCCUUGGUUUCUGAUAUUUUUACUUUGAUCCGAGGUCACGUGCGUACGUUCUCGAUCGUAAUAAAAAUACGUUUUUUGCAAUUA